AUGGAGGAAACUUUUGUACCUCUUGAAGGUAUCAAGAAUGAUCUUAGAGGAAGGUUAAUGUGCUACAAACAAGAUUGGACUAGUGGAAUCAAAGCAGGUGUAAGGAUUUUGGCUCCUACAACAUACAUAUUUUUUGCUUCUGCAAUACCUGUUAUUUCAUUUGGUGAACAGCUUGAGAGAAAUACUGAGGGUGUUUUAACAGCUGUUCAAACGUUGGUGUCAACUUCAAUAUGUGGCAUUAUACACUCAAUCAUUGGUGGUCAACCUUUGUUGAUUUUAGGUGUGGCAGAACCUACUGUGAUCAUGUAUACAUUCAUGUUCAAUUUUGCUAAAGAAAGACCUGAGUUGGGUAGGAACUUGUUUCUUGGAUGGACUGGAUGGGUAUGUGUGUGGACUGCAUUGAUACUAUUCUUACUGGCCAUCUUAGGAGCAUGUUCCAUCAUCAACAGGUUUACCCGAAUUGCUGGCGAGUUGUUUGGCAUGCUUAUUGCAAUGCUUUUUAUGCAGCAAGCUAUCAAAGGACUCGUGGACGAGUUUCGCAUACCGAAGAGAGAAGAUACGAAAUCGAUUGAGUUCUUACCGUCGUGGAGGUUUGCUAAUGGGAUGUUUGCUUUGGUCCUUUCAUUUGGCCUUCUCCUCACUGCAUUAAAAAGCCGAAAAGCUAGAUCAUGGCGCUAUGGCAGUGGUUGGCUUCGUAGUCUUAUAGCUGACUACGGUGUGCCGCUUAUGGUCCUAGUUUGGACAGGUGUAUCCUACAUGCCAACUGCAAGUGUUCCAAACGGUAUUCCAAGACGCCUCUUUAGUCCGAAUCCUUGGUCGCCCGGUGCCUAUGACAAUUGGACUGUCGUUAAGGAUAUGGUUCAAGUUCCUGUUGUUUUCAUAAUCGGAGCAUUUAUACCAGCAACUAUGAUCGCCGUGCUUUAUUACUUCGAUCAUAGCGUUGCAUCUCAGCUUUCUCAGCAAAAAGAGUUCAAUUUGAGAAAACCAUCUUCUUACCAUUAUGAUUUACUCCUUUUGGGAUUUUUGACGUUAUUGUGUGGCCUUAUUGGAAUUCCUCCGGCAAAUGGAGUCAUACCGCAAUCUCCGAUGCAUACGAAAAGCCUCGCAACGCUUAAACAUCAGUUGCUUCGUAACAAACUCGUGAUAACUGCUCGAAAAAGUAUCGGUAAGAAUGCUAGUUUAGGACAGUUAUAUGGCAAUAUGCAAGAAGUAUACCAUCAAAUGCAGACACCUCUUAUUUACCAGGACCCUUCCACUCGAGCACAAGGACUAAAAGAAUUGAAAGAAACAACCAUUCAAGCGGCUACAAGUAUGGGAAGCGUGGACGCCCCGGUUGACGAGUCUAUAUUCGAUGUCGAGAAAGAAAUAGACGACCUGCUACCUGUUGAGGUAAAAGAACAACGCGUCAGUAACUUGCUUCAAUCAGUAAUGGUUGGAGGAUGUGUUGCAGCCAUGCCUAUUCUCAAGAAAAUCCCAACUUCAGUCCUUUGGGGUUACUUCGCAUUCAUGGCAAUUGAAAGUUUACCUGGAAAUCAGUUCUGGGAAAGGAUCUUGUUACUCUUCACCGCACCGAGCAGAAGAUUCAAGGUGCUUGAAGAUUACCAUGCUACUUUUGUCGAAACAGUUCCUUUCAAAACAAUAGCGACAUUCACAAUUUUCCAAACCAUUUAUCUACUGAUAUGUUUUGGACUAACUUGGGUACCUAUUGCUGGAGUCAUGUUUCCUUUGAUGAUCAUGCUCUUAGUUCCGGUUCGACAAUUCUUUCUUCCCAAAUUUUUCAAAGGUGCGCAUCUUCAAGACUUGGAUGCAGCGGAAUACGAAGAGCAAACCGCUUUACCAUUCAACCUUGCAUCGCAAUCGGAGUUUGGAGCUGGUGUUUCUCAUAUUGGAGAAGUCCAAAGAUCAAUAGCUCCACUCCAACACCAAGAAGUGAUCCUAAGAGCCGUCUUAGUCCGCGCGUCUCUUUUAAUUCUCGGGUGGGCGAGCUCACGGCGGAGCAAAGUCCCUCGGUCAGGCGCAAGAGGACCCAAUAGUCCGAUAAUGCCUAGAGAAAUGAGGUUGUCGAAUCGGGGAAUAAGUCCUCUCAAACCUGACUCAAAACAGCAAGACAAAAAAUGA